CUCAUUUCACAUGUCAAUAAUGGCGGAAUCUACAACUGUAAAAACGGCAGAGGAUAUUUUACCAUACCUUUUUGAGCCAGUCGUUAUAUCAGAGGGUGGGGAAGAUGAAUGGACUGACUGCAGUAGCGAGGCAAAUGAGAGUGAUGUAGAAAGAGAGAUGGGAAAACAGGGAAGAUGCGACGUGGAUAGUGAAACGUGGUGCAAAUGUGGACAUUGCCAAAAAAAGUAUUUUCCUAUUGAAUGCAUUUGUUGUGUAGAGGUCGAAGAAACAAAACGGAUGAUUGAAAAGGAGAAUAUUGGCUGUAUAAUUGAUCAUCCAGGUUUUAGUCCAGUGUGCCUUAACGUCGAGGUUUUGUGGACAUCGCUGGUGAACUUGGCAGAUAGAGAAGGAGCUUAUUUGCCGCGCAGGAAUAACGUUCCAAACAAAUCGUAUAGAUAUGCAGCAUAUAGACAGUUUACCUGGUGGAUACAUGAUAAGUUAGGUCGCCAUGUUAGACGGGUUAUACCAUCUUGCGCUGUUAGCCGUAUAAGGGCCGAAUUCGAAGAAGAAGACGGCAACUACACUUUUUUUACGGCAGCAGCAAUAUCAAGAUUUCCCUGACCUUUCACACAUUUGAAAUCUGGUUGAGAUUUCCAAAUAUAAGUGCAGCCUUUGGUACAUGUAAUGUGGAGAUAAAGCUGGGAACCUUUACGAAAUGAUUCGCGAAUUGUUGACUUGUUCACAAGCGACCCACACUUUGAACAUCUGUUCAAUAACACAUCAAUUUGACUUCCAUACACGAUAAAGCAUCUGUUGUUGUGAUCAUAUGUAUUUUCGGCGAAUUCAUUGAUAUCGGAUUCACUUUCUUCGAAACUUCUGGAUGCACCAUGAACUGUUGGGUCAAAAUCGGAAUCAUUUGUAUCAUUGCCAACUUCACUUGUUUCAGAUAAAAAACUUUCCUUCAGUUGUGAAGUACCUGAAUGAGACCAGUGUACUCAAAUAAUUAUAAGUGAAUACAAAACUCACUCUCGUCCCCAGAGAACGAGUUGUACAUACCUUCAACACUUUUUUCUUUCCAUCCAUCAUCUGUUUUACGUUCAUCUUUUUUUUCAUCGGUUUCUCCCGCAUUCGAUGCAGGUACAACAUUGUCAUCAGCAACAUCUGAAGUAACGUUCAGCGAAUUAUCUUCAUC